CGCUAAUGGGAGGACAGCGCGCGGGCUUUGAAGGAAAAUGGCGGAGCUUCAAAAUGAAAUGACUGAAGGGCGUGAGGGUGACGAUAUGCAGUCUACGGUUACAGAGGAGGUUUCCCAAGGGACCAAAAGACCAUUAGACAGGACUCCAAGCCCCGAACCUCUUCCAAAGUCUCCUCGCACUUCAUCUCCCCAAACAUUCAUCCCACCUGUAGAAACUGAGAAGCCACCAGAUGAACAAAAGUCAAGCUGUGCUGAGAAUGACGUUAAAGAGGCAGUGGCAGAAGAUGUUGUCAUUGAUCUUAGCCCCCGCUCGCGUCGAAAAUCUUGGAGGAGGUCAACUAGAGGCAGGAGAUCACUCCCUGCCCUUCCUAGCACCUCCCAGGCUCUGUGUAAAUCAAUCAGCAAAGAUUUGCGUGAUGAGGAGAGGCUGGAAAAACUAAUGGAAGAUGCAAUGCAGCUUACAGUAAAGAGGCUACAAAACACUUUGUGUACUCUCCCUGGUGCUGACAUGGAGUUGCUUCAGACACAAGUUGAUUCCAUGCAGACAGAAUGGAAAAUUCUGGCUGAAAACAUUAGUCAAGAAAAUUCACUUCUGUUCUUCAGCACUAACAGUGAUCCCGCCAUUCAGAAAGUCAUUGAACGAACGAAGGAGGCCAUCAGCAGGUUGCAGGCUGAGAGUUUGUCUUGGGAGUCCUUGCUGAACAAACAUCGCUGUAAAGCUGAGGAAUUGGCCAAGCGAGUAGAGCAGGCACAGGAGAGAGGCGUGAUGCUGGACCCAUCCUGCCUUGCCCAGUCCUCUCAGAGCAAGCUUAUCCUGAACAAACCAGAUUACCAUGCAGCGCUGUGUAGACAGCAGAGAGUCCUCAAUACAGUGGAGCUGGUGUUGGAUUCUCAGUUUAUGAUGGUAAAGGAACUCCUGUCAUUCCAAGAGCAGUCUCAGUUACUGGUGAAGGAGACCAGUGCCAGACUGGCUCGUAGUGCUGGAUUCCAGGAUCUUUCGACUUCCCCAGUGAGACAGCUCCUAAAGAGGCCUCUGUCUACUACAUCAGUCUAGUUCUACUGGUAUGACGUCUUGUAUGAGGCAGUAAUUUUCAGGGACUGUCCAAGAUGUCAGUUUUUAAAAGAUAGUGUAUGCGUUUCAUGUUCAUAUAAACACUUGUUCUCUUUGUUCUGUGAAAUAACCAACAUGUAGCUUUUUGUCAAAUAGUUGUGAGGCUAAUGCUGACAGACUUGUUUAUCUGUUUAAAUUGUACAAUGUCAUGACCAGGCAAUGUCAUUCCUAGCACCUCCUAAUGUCCACCUGUUGAGCAAUAUAACAGCAGUUACUUAUAAGGAAACAUAGAUGCAUUAUUAAAUGCAUUAUUAUGAAUGGGGAAUUUAAAAGUUAUGCAUGAUUUAAAUUGUUAAGGUGUAAACAAAAAAACAGAGUGGUUUGGUGUCAAAUGAGCUGUUCUAGAGAAACUCACCAAGUCAGAAUUGUUUACAGUGGUGGUAAU